GUAAACAUGAGAGGAGACGUAGGGCGCACCAGGAGGUUGUGUUGGGUUCCUAUCGGAAUUGCCACACUCACAUGCUCUUUUGCUCUUCCAUCGGGAUUGUGUCGCCUCACUUAUCAAUGAUUCUAGAUGCUUGUGUGUCUUCUAGGGUGUCCUCUGUUUGGAUUGCUUGUGUCGGGGGGGAACGUUUUGUGGAAAAUUGGAAAGUUAUUAAACGGAAGUUUGGCUCCUCGCUGAUCCAUUCGAAUGCGGGCACGUCACUGCUAAGGAAAGGGAAAGAUCUGUUUCCUCCGGGGCACCGUCUGUUGGUGUCUGCGAUUGUGCCCUUCUUGUCGCGAGCUUUGAUCCUGAAACUGACCUUGUCCGCCUUGCUUUCUGAUCCCCCCUCUCGUAAGGAAUUGAUGGGCUGGGAUUUUGCUGUAUUGGUUAGAGCCUUCACUGCUGUUCGGGCCUUUUCUGAAAAGUGUUCUCGGUGUCGUCUGUGGCUUAUUAUUUCGGGUGUGAUCAGGAAGCGCUUCCAUGUGAAUGUCAGGCAACGUUUGAUUGUACGAGCCACGUAUGAUGUUGGGAUUAGUAAGCCUGCCUUGCGUUCCCUUUGUGCCAAACUGAUUAUGAUGGCUGAUGGCGAUGACGAGUGGAAACGAAUGACAGUGCGCCGGAUGAGGAUUGUUUGGUUAAAGAAUCAGAGUGUGGGGGAUUUGCUUUUCAAUUUCAGAACGGCGGCAAGGAAGGAGGAAUUAGUUUGUACUUGUGAAUCGUUUGGCCAUGGGUUUCAGCGGGUGGGCGGCCAUGUAUGUUUCCGUUUGAAUGAUGUGAAGGAUGCUCCAGUAUGUAUUCGUAAUAAUCGGAAUGUGGUCCGUCCCUCUCGACGCGAUGUAGUGGGGAGGUUGAGGGCUCAGAUUUCGAGUUCCUUCCCAGACCUUGGGUUUAAGGUCCCGGAGGUUAGACGUGGUGAUCUUGCGGUAUGCAUGAAUGAGGUCUGGAGAGGUGAUCUAGGUGUGUGCAAUGAGGAUGAGGUGAUUACUUGGACUAAGAAGGUUGAAGGAUUGGUUCGAACCCCGAUUGACCAUAACCCGGGGGACACAUUGGUUUGUUGCCCUGUUAAGUAUUCGGAGGGCAUGAGACAGUUGUUCUUGGAUAACGAUGGCUUUGUCGAAUGUGAUGAGAGUGAGGAAUCGUUGUUAGCCGCUACCAGGGCGGCGUAUUUGGAAAGGAACUUUGAUCGGUUGGCACGCUGGGAUAUCAGGGUGAGGCAGCAGGCCAUCGUCCUCAUGCGCUUGCCAUUAGAUCCUUUAUCGUCGGCGUCACGCAGGUCCACAAGAAUUGGACAAGAGAGACAAGGUAGUGGAGAGGACAGAUGGGACAAGACUAGGCGAAGAGAGGAUGGAGGAGACGAUGGUGUUGUCAGUGAGGAUGGUGAAGUAUUGCUUGUCGAGGUACAGGCAUCGGAAUGUGAGGGUGUGAAUCACGGCGAGGAGUUCCAUCUCGUUGGAGGGGUAAUUCAUCUCUGCGGGAAGGAGCUUCUUGCUAGCGAAGGCGAUGGGGUAUUCGCCGGGUGGAGCCUCGGGGUGAGUGGGGGAGUUUUUGAUGGAGGGGGUGUCGGCGGUGUCACGAGGGACAGUACGGCUCCAAUGGCGAAGUCGGAGGCGUAAGUGGUGACAUAGGAGUGGCGAGUGGGGUCGGCAAUUUUGAGGA